UUUGACUCCUUCUGAGUGAUGUCCCUUUUGAUCUGUCCCUCAUCUUUUAGUGUCUGAAUAUGAAACCUGUAGCUCAGCUAGUCAUUAGCUAGUGUCCCUGCCCCUGAAAAUGUGUGUGUGUCCUUUCAUAUAUGCAGGAUGGGUCCCAUCUUCUUUGUCUAUUAGUCUUUGAUGUGGUUAUCUAAUUAGUACAUCGUAGUGUGAUUUGGGGGCUUUGCAGUGAAGUGUAUAAGCUCAUCCUGUAUCAAUUCAGCUAGUAUUUCUGUUUGUAUGUCUCUGACUUGUCGUUUGUUAUGGUUUUGUGCUUUCCAUGGUAUUUACUAGAGACCUCACUGUUCUAUAUGGCUCCUGCAGGAGGCGCCCGCGGUCCCCCCAGGGCCCUCGUUGACCAGAAGUCGUCGGUCAUUAAGCACAGUCCCACGGUCAAGAGAGAGUCCCCCUCUCCCCAGGGUCGUGCCAACAACACCAGUGAGAACCAGCAGUUCCUGAAGGAGGUGGUGCAGAGCGUGUUGGAGGGCCAAGGRGUGGGCUGGCUCAACAUGAAGAAGGUGCGCCGCCUGCUGGAGAACGAGCAGCUACGCGUCUUCGUGCUGAGCAAGCUGAACCGGGCCGUCCAGUCAGAGGAGGAUGUCAGGCAYGAGGUCAUCCGUGAUGUGGAGAUUAGCAGGAAGGUGUACAAGGGCAUGUUAGACAUACUGAAGUGCACCGUUUCUAGUCUGGAACACUCYUACACCAAUGCCGGGCUUGGAGGCAUGGCCAGCGUCUUCGUUUUGCUGGAAAUAGCACGCACCCACUACCAAACCAAAGUAGACCCAGAGAAGCGCAAGCAGAGCCCCAGUGACGCUGCAAGCAGCCCGGGCAGCAAAGGGAGCCCAUCUCCCCGCAUGGAGGGCACCAAGCCCCCGGGGCUCCUCCUGGUUCCCCGUCUCCAACUGUCGCACCCCACCUCGGGGGGCAAAGGCACCCGCCACUUUGACACCCGGAGUCUGAACGAGGAGAAUUUUAUUGCCUCCAUUGAAUUGUGGAGCAGGCACCAUGAAAAGGAUAAGCAAAAAGCUAUGGAAAAACAACAGAGAGCGGAGGGGGCUAAGAAACAGCACCCUGAGCUGACCGACACGGAGGAGAAGAAGUCCCAGAUCAGUGCUGACAGUGGCCUCAGCAUCACCUCCGGAUCRCAGAAGAGUGACACAGAGUCUGUGACCAGCACUGAACCACCAGUCCUUACCAGAAGCACCAGCCAGGACUCAGAGGCCAGCACAGUGAUAAGUAACAGCUCAGGGGAGACGCUGGGAGCUGACAGUGACUUGAGUAGCACCGCUGGGGAGGGCUUGGGUGGCAGGCAAGCCCCCCACCUCAACCUCUCCAGGGGAACACUGUCCGACAGCGAGAUUGAGACCAACCCGGCCACCAGCUCAGUGUUUGGUAAGACCCAAAAGAUGAAGCCUGGUGUGAAGGAGGCGAAGGCAAAACUUGUGCCUGUCCUGGCUAAGGGGCCUCCCGCCCAGCCCUUGGAGGACAUCAGCAUGAGGAUUUACCUGUGUGAUGGCCUGCUGGGGCGCGACAAGAGCUCCAUGUGGGACCAGCUGGAGGAUGCUGCCAUGGAAACCUUCUCUCUGAGUAAGGAGCGCUCUACACUGUGGGACCAGGUCCAGUUCUGGGAGGAUGCUUACUUGGAUGCUGUCAUGUUGGAGAGGGAGGGGAUGGGCAUGGACCAGGGACCUCAAGAGAUGAUUGACAGAUACCUGUCACUCGGGGACCACGACCGUAAGCGCCUGGAGGACGAUGAGGACAGGCUGRUAGCUACUCUACUGCARAAUAUGAUCGCCUACAUGCUAAUGGUUAAGGUGAGCAAGAAUGACAUCAGGAAGAAGGUGAGGCGUCUGAUGGGGAAGUCCCACAUCGGCCUCAGCCACAGCCAGGAGAUCAACGAGUGUCUGGACAAACUGGCUAAUUUGAAUGGCCGCGAGCUGUCCAUCAGACCUAGUGGAAGCCGUCACAUCAAGAAGCAGACCUUUGUGGUGCAUGCUGGGACAGACACCACGGGGGACAUCUUCUUCAUGGAGGUGUGUGACGACUGCAUAGUCCUGCGCAGCAACAUCGGCACAGUGUAUGAGCGCUGGUGGUACGAGAAGCUCAUUAACAUGACCUACUGUCCCAAGACCAAGGUGCUGUGUCUGUGGAGACGCAAUGGCCAGGAAACCCAACUCAACAAGUUCUACACCAAGAAGUGUCGUGAAUUGUAUUACUGCGUGAAGGACAGCAUGGAAAGGGCUGCUGCACGACAGCAGAGCAUUAAACCAGGUCCAGAGCUGGGUGGAGAGUUCCCUGUGCAGGACAUGAAGACGGGCGAGGGAGGAUUGCUGCAAGUCACCCUGGAAGGCAUCAACCUCAAAUUCAUGCACAGCCAGGAGCGGAAGGUUUUCAUAGAGCUGAAUCACAUUAAAAAGUGCAAUACUGUGAAGGGAGUCUUUGUCCUGGAGGAAUUUGGUAAUUACCCCAUCUAUUGAUUCUAGGUCUGUACUCGACACGGCAGUAACUCAGCUUCACGACAAACGCAACGCUGACGCACAGAGAUAGCAACUGUAACGACUCAGGGUUCAGUGGAUUCACAACAGCUCUUGCAUACCUCGGGAAAAAUAUAGUCCGUGUUAGAAUUAGCUAGUUUCAUUUAGCAAUUGAGAAGUCCAGCCCUCACAAAUAGGAAUGUUUGCUAAUUUUAUAUUUAUUGCUGAUUUAUAAAAUAAGACAAAACAGCCCUAA